UUCACAAACUCUGCAUAACUUAUCGCUAAGAAGUACCGAAAACGAUUAGUUUGGUGUGUUUCCUGGAUUUUCUCGUUUGAGCCUCUGCAAGUGUGGGGAAUAUCAAAUGAUCAGAAUUCUAUUUAAUUUUUAAUCAGCGACAGACUGAAUAUUGGCGGGAAUUUUCCUAUUUUUGGCGCCCGGAACAUUGGACUUGAAUGUCCUUAGGGCAAGUUUUGUUUGAUGUGACACCAUACCGUGUGGAAAUCGUAAAGACGAUAAAUGGUCCCAGAGUAUUACAGUGGAAGCUUAGCUUCAGAUCACCCUUUUAAGUGAAAUUUGGAAUUUUCAGAAUAUAUCGCCGCGCGAUAAUCUGUUGCCUUCGCGACGAGCUAUCAACUGGCUUAUGCAGAUAUGUAAUUCUUGAAGUUUCUUCGUCCAUCGUCGCUGAGAUACUCUAUAGCCAUGACAAGCUGGAAGAGGAAAGGAAGAAUGUCUAAAAGCCGUUGGGCAAUUGUGUUUUUACUUAUAAUUCUUGGAAGCACGGCGCUUUUCAAUAUCAUGUUCAUGAUACAGACAGCGUCAAAGCUCGCUGAAGGAGCCAAUGAACCUGGGCAUGUAGAGAAUGACGGUCGAAUUCAGAAACAAUCUUCUUUCUCACUUCCGUCCGCGUUGUACUGGUUGAACGAUAAACCUGUUGAUACCAUUACCGGUAAGAGUUUGAAACGCUAAGCGGUCAACGUUUAUUUAGUUUGAUACUUGUAGCGGUGCAAAAGCCAUAAUUAUUAAGCUUUAAUCAAAGCAAAUGUAAAUAAGCCCCAUCUGUAAGCAUUCAAUAGGCUUACAGUUUUUUGAAAUUGAAUUUCUAAAUAUUUUCAUGACAAACAGCUCACUGAGAUGCCCUUUCCCUCCUCGCAUGAUUUAAAAAAACUUGUCAUCAUUGCUUAGAUACAAGGAUUUAAUACACAGAAUAUUUGGGCUGACUAAUGUCUUUUUAAUAUUAUAAAAUUGUGUGUUAGAGAGGAGACUUCGUUACGUCACUUUGCCAUGGUAGCAAAAUUUUUGGAUGACAGCAAACCAAAAUGACACUUAAAAAGUGGAUUCGCACUGUUUCAAACUUCAUCGAUCUUAUUUAAUUUCAUUUAAUUUGUCAAAUGUUGGCAACAUUUUUUGCCGUAAAUCCGAAAGGACCAUACGUAAGUUUAGAAAAAGAAAAAGAAAAUCUUUGUGUUGUGCUCACCUACUCCAUAAAGAGGGCGUUUGAAAUUAGGAAGUUUCAUGUUGCGGUCGUACAACAACAGCUAAGAAAUGUACAAAAAAUCAUGAUGCACAUGCCAAGAUGUUUUUUUGCCAAUGUAAACCUAUUGUUUUUUUGCUGUUUGCCAUCGCCGUUGCAAAAACUCCCUAUUGUUGUCAUCCAGAAAUUUUGCUACCAUGGUAACAUGAUGUCUCUAUUAUAAAAAACUGAAUCAUUGGAUAAUGCAAUUCUAGAGCUCUGAUUGGCUUAGCCAUCAUGGUAUAUGAGCCAUUAUCAGCAUUCUCCCUAGAUUUUAGCUCAGCAGGUAAGGGACCAUUCAUCGCCGGUAAGGCAAUUAAUAUGUGCACACUUUCCUGGGGAGGGGGUAGUAGAGUGAAGGACAUGGCUUCCACCUCGCUGUGAAAUUAAGGAGCUAAGUUCUCUGAAACAUCAUUCCCCCUCAUUUGAAGUCCUAUUUCACGCAAAUCAGCCGUUGUUAUCUCAAUUCAAAACGUUUGAUUCUAAUAAUUGUACUCUGUCUUCAAAUGCUCUUUCCAAAAUGCGUGGCCCAUAAAAAGAAAACCUGUGUAUACUUUAGUACACUUCCAUGUAUUCAAUCAUUACCUUGAUCGGAUCGGAUCACAACUUACGUAUUCUUUAAAACAACUUACUCAAUUUUAGUAAACCUUGCAGCGGUUGCAGGCGGUAAGAAGUGUUACUUCAGAGAGUAAAUUUUACCGGUUACCGCCUGAUAAGGAGAACAUUGCAUUAUACCAUGCUCUCCAAAUAUUUAUGGUAACUGUAUGGGUCUGCUCAAAAUUGAAAACAAGCUGAAAAUCAGUUGUUUCUACAAAUAAAGUUGGGAAGAAUUCUUGAUAUUUUGGGGGCAUUUUUAAUAAAACAAUAAAUUAUUCCACACGCGCUUGUUGGAUGUGAGAUGAUUAUAUAGCCAACUUGGUGCUAGGCGCCUCAUUGGCUCUCUACCAUCUCAUAUCCAACAUGCACUUGUGGAAUAUUUUGUUAAAUAUAUAGAGGAUAUUACACGGUGGCGAGAAGAUAUGAAUUUUAUGUUCGAGUGGCAAGAACAAUAUCUCACGAGUGAGCGAAGCGAACGAGUGAGAUAUUGUUCUUGCCACGAGAACAUAAAAUUCAUAUCUUCGAGCUAACGUGUAAUGUUCUUUUUAUUAUAUGGAGAAACCAAUUCAACAAAAGCAAAAGGCGGGAAUCGUGACGUCAUUGAACGAUACGACAUUCACAAAGGUGACAUACGGAAAAUACGCCACUCGGGUCCCGGAUGAAGUGACGUAUGGAAUCUACGAGUGGUUUAGUUCCCAGUAAAACACUCUCCUCCAUAUAAUAAAACAUGUGACUUUCACCAGCUUUCAUGUGUGUGAAGAUAUGGUGUUUUCACACGAAAGCUCACCUGUUGCAGUGGAACCCAAAAUUUUCAGGUUUCCUCACCCCAUGGCCAAGGCAUCCCGUACAACCCAUAAUGUAAAAUUUUUAAAGGGAAAUUUGAGACUGAUAGCUCUGGCCUCUUUCAUUCACAUUUUUAUCAUCAUCCCAGGCUCUUUUGGGUUUAAUUCAAUUCUUACUUCAUUUUUGUACAGAUAACAGAUAUUUAGAUAUAGAGGUUUUGUCAAGCAAGGAGAAUGUAACAGUGACAUUAAAUGGACAACUGGUAUAAAGAGACUUUUAUCAUAAAUUGUUAAUUUAUUUUUGUAAAAGUCUUUAUUGUGAGACAACAAAUUAUUUUAGAUAUUAAAAAUUUUACCAAUUUUUUUAUGUUUUAACAAAAAUCAUAAUUUAUUGGAAAUGUAUAUAUACGUUUAAUUUCAACAGUACAAUUCCUUUGACCAAGCAGAUCUGGGUGUGCUGUAAAAAGAAUUGUCCCUAAAGCUUGAACCUAACAAAACUUGGGCACCUGACAUGUAAUAAUAAUUAUUUUUGUGUAAAAACCACGAUUUCCUUGUCACCUGAUCAAGGGCAUACAUGUACGUUUAAUUCAACACUGAGGGGCAACCAGACAUUACCCUGUAGAGCACAGCAUACCAAUUUUCAAUGUGUAUGAAUAAUUUAAAUCCUUUCUGCAUUGACAGCAAACCUUUAUUAUUUUUGUGUAAAUCUUGUUUGACUUAAGAGACCCUGCUCUUCGUAUUUGGCUUACGAACAUUUUGCUCAGUGGAGUCUGUAGUGCUAGAGGUCAAGGACUGAUAAUUGGUUCUGAAUGAACAUGAAUGUACAGUUAAGUGUUUGAUGUUUUGACACAAGGCAACACUUUUGAUGUUGGUCUUUUUCAGCACUUGGACACUUCUGAGAUGUUAAUCCGAGGAAUGAAUGUUUUGGUUUUAAAUGAAGUAACAGGAUCCAUCAUGUCUUCCAGAUGGUUUGAUACUUAUGAGUCGCAGGAUGACAGUGGCUUUCUUUUGGACUACAUACAAGGGCUUAGACUUGGACGAAUAAUCUGCUUUGCCAUAAAGGUUAGUAAAUCAGGUUAGCCUGUCAUGAGAAAACAGCCCACUUUUCACAAUGACAGAAUUGACAUUGAUAUCAAUGGAACAAGCACAGAAAUUCCAUACUAAUGAUGUGUCAGUGACCAAUUUCUAGGUAGGUAAUGCUUCUGAUAGGUCAGGCUACAAGGGAAAUUGCCUCAACCAAACAAAAGUUAACUACCCAUCUGGGUGGUGACACGUCAUCAGUAUAGAAUUUCUGUGCUUGGAUAUGAGACAGUAGAUAGCCAACAAGUCGUAUAGCGCCGAUUUGGCUAUAAUUGAAUCUCAUAUCCACCAAGCGUGAGUGGAAUAAUGUUUUAGUAAAAAUGCCACCAAAGUAUCAAAAAUUGUUCCAAACUUUAUUAAUUUGUAAAACAACAGAUUUUCAGCUUGUUUUUAAUUUUGAGCAGACGUGUACAGUUACCAUAUUUGGAGAGCUGAUGGUAUAAUGGCCCAUAUACCAUGAUGGCUAAGCCAAUCUGAGCUCUAGAACUGUAUUUCCAAUGAUUCAAAUUUUAAUAAAGGCUGUUUUUUCAGUUCCGGUCUGGGUAUGAUAUUACAGAUUAUGACAGUACCAAAAUAUGUAGUGAUAACAGGAGUCCAGAUUCCAAGGAGUGUUUCAUAAAACUAUAUAAGUGUCAGUCUACACACGGUGGCUUUAAGAUAACACAUCAGACUUAAUUUUAAAAAAAGAUUUAAAAAAAGAAGAAGUCUUCUUCACACCUUUUAACUGUCCUAUUAAAUUAUUCAGACUCAGAUUGUGGGGAUGGUGCAAAUAGAUGUAAGCAGGGGAAACAGUGAGGGGGUGGGGUAGGGAGUUCACCUUACACUCAUCUAUCUGAGCAUUAGCUGGUAAAUUAAUCGUACACCCAGCUCUAAAACACCCUUCUCAAAGACCAUCAUAUUAGAUUUUAGCGCCCUGAACAGUACCUAUCAACCAAUAUUUGUUCCUUUACCCAUUUGCCCCUCGAAAAUAUGGAGUAAAACAUCGUUUGAAGCUAAACGAGCCAUUUUCUGGUCUUUAUCUGACCAUAAGACCAUACAAGUCGCGCAAUAUGCUGUUUCUAGUCCCCAAUACUAAAUUACUGAUUUGGAAGAACAUGCAUGCGCAGAAAGUGACACUACUCCCUCUACUUUUACCUUUCGUUUUUUCUUCCCUAUUUUUUUCGAUUUUGUUGCCCAACUUUUCUUUUCUUUUCCUGGGGAUUUACUAGGCUUCAUUUCGAUGGGAAAAGCAAUGGUGAAAAAUUUUAGCAUCCGGGAAUUAGUUUGAAGGAAGUGCUGGAGGGUGGUCAUGGUGGAAGAACAUUUAUAUUCAAAUUUUCACGUCAACCUGACAUUUUUUUCCGUUUUUCUAUGGCCUGUUUCACUGAAUCACGCUCAUUUGGGCUGUUUGGGUAUAGUUUGAGAGGUCCCUACACCCUUGUUUAAGACCGUUAAUACUGAUGACGUCACAAGUGGUACAAGGGACGUGGAUACGUACGAUCCGGACGACUCAGGUGUGAAUGGGUGGAUUUGAAUGGCGAACGCGACGAGGGGCGGGUGGGUGGGGGUGUAAACCGGCUGAGUUCUAAAAGGUACGACAAGACCCCCUGUCGAAUGGGAGUCCCUUAAUCAUAUUUUUUAAUCACGCUGUUUCUCUGUGUUUCUUCGUGACUUAGGACGAAGCUUCUUUUCGCCUCUCUGAAAAAGCCCGUGUGUUCAUCAAGAGUCUCGGAAGUGCAUACGUCAGUGAAAUCAGAUGGAGAACCAUGUGGGCGUUUGUUGUACAACGACUUAAGAGCCAUAACAUCGUCUAUGGAGAAACCAUUCAACAGGUGCCUGGACAUGAAAACUGGCCCGCGCCAAUACAUCUCCGCACCACGGUGAAACUUAUGCCUGCAGCUUACGUCAAAUGCAAUUGGGAUGAUUCACCAGUCAGCAUAAGGCGAAGGGAGUUUUGUAACAAAUUCGAAGGAUAUAACCAUGUUUGUCGCUGUAAGUGUUUCAGAACGUUCGUGGAAUACGACGAGGAUUUCUUGAAAUUUUAGGUAGAAGUACAGUUGUAGGUGACACUUAAAAUAAGAUCCUCUGGCGCUUGCGUGUCGGGGAAGGUGUGGAAGGGGCAACACCCCUCUUUUACUGCAUUAGUCUGGGGGGAUCUCCGGCGGACAUUUUUAAUUUGGGGGGCCCUCAAAAGUUCAGUGUCUUUUGAGCGACCCAAAUCUGCUUCAUAACACCGGAGCUUCGAGAGAACCCUGAUUAAAUACCGCCGCUGUUUAACAUUAGAGGCCUUUAGAUUCUAACGUGAGGUUGACUACAAGAACCAGAUUUUCUCAGUUACAAAGUAGUGCUCGCCCGUGAACCAGCGUCAUUUUGGCGGGAAAAGGGUAGCCUCCGUCCAUUCUACUACGGCUAUUUUAGCGAAAAUGUCAUAGUGGCGGGAGCAAGUUAUAUUUUGUUGUAAAAAAGGGAAAAUAAAGACUUCCGGGGUGUCUACGUUUUGAGAAUACGCGAAAAAACUCCAGGUCAAACCUUGUUCAUUCUUUUCCUCGAAUCCAAACUUAAAGUCUCUGUUGUUCUCAGCAAUGGGCUGUUAGCACAAGAUCAACUUGAUUUACAUAAAUAUAUGAAAGGCAGAAAGUACAAUGUUACCCUGAACUGUAAACUCGGGGUCACUUUACAAUUAAUAAAACUUUUACAAGUGUAGCUCUUGUUUUCGGAUCCUAACACAACGGUUACACUUGUAAAAGUUUUAUUAACCCAUUCGCUCCUGGAGAUUUUGCCGAAAAACGCGUUUUGAAGCUAGUCGAGUGGUUUUCUGGUCACUGUCGUGCUAUAAAGAGCUAAAACUUACCACAAACCGGUUUACAGGUCGUACACUUCAUGGCCUUUUGAUCCAGAUGCAAAAUAUCAGCUUGCGAAGUUUGGGCAUGCGCAGAAAGCAAAAUUUCGAGAAAUUUUCGAUUUUAAAAGUGACAUAGCAGUCUUGACUUUUACUUUUCGCUUUCUCUCCUCCCCUCUUUUUUUGCUUUUCUUGCCUCAUUUUUUUUUCUCUUGCUGGGCAUUUAGUAGGCUUCAUUUUGGUGGGAAUAAUUUUUAGGAAAGCUUUUAGGAUCUUAGGAUUAGGUGAAAGGAAAGGUAGGUGGGCAAUGGAACAAGAUUUUCAUCGAGAUUUUCAGGUCAAUGUUACAUGGUUUUUUGCCUCUUUCUCCGGUGUCCUUGACUGAAUUGUGCUCAUUCUGGUAUGGUUUGAAAGAUCUCUUCACUCUGCACAAGUUAGCGGACAAAGUUGUCCUUGACCAUUAAAACUGAUGACGUCACAAAGGGUAGAAAGGACGUGGAUCCGCACGGGCGAUUACGGGCGGUUCAGGGGCGAAUGGGUUAAUCAAAAAACCUAAAAAUGGCCUUUUACCAACUUUUUCACCUGAUUUAACAUAAAAUAGACAGAUUUGGUUGUUUUAUCCUGAAAAGUGGAUUUUUUUCAAAAAGUUUGGUACUUCGCUUAAAUUGACUCUCGGUUUUAUUUUUUUGCACUCUACAGGUGAUGAUCCCUUGUCGCUGCAUUUCAACCCGCCACCAUUUGAAGACGGCACGCGCCUUAACCUACCAUUAGCAGUCAUGGCCAGUAAUAGACCAAGUUACUUACUGCGCAUGCUCCUGAACCUGCGCAGUGUUGAAGGCCUGGAUCCUAGAUUGGUGACCGUUUUUAUCGACGGAUUUUUCGAUGAACCGUCUUCGGUAGCGAAGCUGUUUGAACUGAAUGUGGAGCAGCAUUCUUCUGCAGGGAGAUUAAAUUCCAGAAUUUCUCAGGUAUACAUUAUAACAUUUACAUAAGCUUUGAAAACAAACAGUACAAAAUAUUCCUGACUCAUGCACACGUUAGCCUGCGGAGAGCUUGGUCGCAGUCUAGCAUACGUUUUCACCCUCAGCAAUUGUUCUGGGGUUUGCAAAUAUGCCUUCGUUAGCUCUUAUUGGCCCAUAAUUGCUUGUGUUAUUCUGACGAAAAUAAUUUUAGAAUAUUAUUAGGAUAACCUUAUCCUUUUCAGAGAAUACCCAUAAUUUUUACUAUCGUUUCUGAAUGAUCGGUUCUUAAAGUCCAAUGACGGGAGUAAGAUUCUAAAGAAAGGUGCGACAUCGUCGGUGGAGGCGUGAAGGGCAAGCUCUGUUGACAUCAACUAUUUAAAUUCCUUUACCUUAUCAACUCAAUUUUCAAGAAGCUUGUAGCCUGAGAAAACAGCCGACAUUUCGCGAUGCCUAGCACUGGUUUCCCCGCAAAAUGGGGUCUUAGCGACCGACGACGCGACGGCAGCGAAAACUUCGCUUCAAAAAUGAAUUUGCGUUCUUUCGGUCUUUGUCGCGAUUAUUCCAGCUCACUUAUUUAUUCAAAUGUCGGCGAACUCUCCUGGGGUUCGAUUUCUAAGAAUCAUAUUCAAGUUUAGAAAGAGGCAGAGUAUUGUUAUUUUUGACGUUCUCGGUGCCGGCGCAUCUUGGGAUCGUUAAGUCCCUAAUGACGUCUAGGAACGAGCGCAGAAAUUCCGUACUGAUGACGUAUCACUGUUCAGAUCUGGGUAGUGCUUCUGAUUGGCUGAAGCAAAUUUCGCGCUCGUUCCUAAUACGUCAUUUCGCGGGGAAACCAGUGGUGGGCGUAGCGAAAUGUAGGCCGUUUUUGCUAGAUUUUUUGACCAUCAGGCUAUUAGUAUCCAUUUGUGCCUCCCGUAUUUGAAAACUAAUCUUUCGCGUCAACGAGCGGUGAGUUGAAUGUGAAAAGGUUGUCCUCUGUCGCGAUUCUAUUCUGCCUGCAACCAUCGCAGGAUUAGUUCAGUUGAAAGAACGCUGGUGAGCCAGCUUAUGCAAAGUGGUAAGUGAGCGUUUAGGACUCAGGAACUCAGACUGAAAACUAAGAAGCAAGGUACUACUUGUACUCCGCAAACGCUGGGCUAGACCUUGGCGUGCCUCAUGUCGGACUACCUAAAAAAUGGAGGUAUCAUCAGUCAGUAGCAGCUUGCUUGCAGCGGGGGCCAAGAAAUCUAUAUGCUUUUGCUGUACGGUUUAUCUGUAUUAAAUGGUAAACCCUUUUAUGGUUUUUAGUGUUUAUUUCACCAACAAAAACAUUUGCUUCACACUUAUUUCAGCAUUACAAGAAGUCAUUAGCCUCUUCGUUUGACCGACAUCCUGGUGCCAACUACCUUGUUAUUUUGGAAGAGGAUUUAUAUAUGUCAGUGGAUAUUCUCAGUUUCUUCAAACAGCUUCUACCAGUCUUAGAAAACGAUGAAUCGGUCUACUGCUUGUCAGCUUGGAAUGACCAGGUGAUUCCAGUGCUGUGAUUUAUCGACUGCGUGUUACUUUGUACUAUCAUAAAGGGCCUUAAUAUCCGACGACGGCGAAAACAACGCCGCAUAAGAAGUGAAUUCGCGUUUUUUUUUUCAAUCUUCGUUGCGAUUAUUCAAAAUCACUUACUUUGCCAAAUGUAGGCGAACUCCCCUGAAAUUAAAUUAUUAAGAACCAUAAUCCAAAUACAGAAGGAAAAAGCGAAUUUCGUCGUCACUUGUUUGCGUCCAACGUAACAUGUAAAAUUACGAAGCGUCGCAAUGUUGGGACGAUAAUGAUAAAAUUAUGGUGAUGAUGAUGAUAAUAAUAAAACGUUAAUAGUAACAUCCCCAACGGGCUUUUCAGAAACUAUUUACAAUUGUGCAUGGAACCCUUCGAAACAGUGUCGCAACAAUGUUGUAAUGCAGUCAAUGUUUUGAGCUGACAAUCGUCGUUGUGAAUUAUCCCGUGUAAUUUCACCUUUCUGUGAAGAUGGGCAUUUUUACCUCAUAGCUUAUACGUUCACACAGUACCAGACGAAUUUUCGACCUGCUAAUGACGAAUGAAAAAAAAUGACCGGACACUUCGUUCACAGGGAACCAUUGAAUAUUUUCUUUCUGUUCACACGGAACUUUGAACGGCUAGGCGUCUGAAUUUCCUUUUAAGGUUAUUCCGUGUGAACGGAACACCUAAACUCAUGAAUUCUCAGUCGGUCGAAAAGUAGUUAGUUGCUGUAUGAACGUAGCCACAGUGGUGCAUGUGUGCUGCACGUGCAAAGCAUGCAUUCAGUUGACCGCUGUCAAAAAAGUGUAUCCGCUGACCAGUGUCGCAUGACUGUUUUGCGAUCUCAGGUAUACUCAUAAGGGUAACGUUUUUUAAAAGUUAUCCGCUGACCAGUUUUUGGUUUUCAAUUGCUCAGGUCCAAUUUUAUAGGUGGAAUUCAGUUUUCUUUCUGCUUACGGCAAAAUUUGAAUUAGUCGAGAAAGAUAUUUCUUAAAACGUCCCUCGAGAGCUUUGCUUUUGGCCUUGGCUAAAUCUAUGUAUACUAUUAUUCUUUCGUUUCUUUUUUAGGGCUAUGAUCAUCUUUCUAAUGAUCCUGCAAUGAUGUACAGAGUCGAGACCAUGCCGGGUCUAGGCUGGUAAGUCAAUUACAUUGGUCAACAACAAGUUCGAAGACUGGGAGAAAAUGUUUCAUUCUGGAUUAAACUACUUUCUCCUUGUGUUACCUAUCACGUACUUUUUACGAAGUAACAAUUGUUUCACCUACGUGCGACAGUACAUGCAACAAACCGUUUGAGCUUCCCAGUCACCCUUUUUGUGCAUGAGCAACUGUAACAAGGUAAUGCUGUCAAAUGUUGUCAUAUUACUAAGUACUCUUGAAGUGAGUGCCUAAAAAUCGUGAUUAUGAACCUCGUGAUCAGAUCCAGCUAGUGGUCAGGAGACUUGGUGACGGUACCUCCAUUUCUGCAUGGUCAUAUGAGCCACGUGAAGGUCUUGUUGUUUACAUUGCAAAGGCAUUACCUUCUUCCCUUAGCUACUUUAAGACGUUAAGUAUUGGUUUGGUCCGAGGAAUCGGACUCCCGACCUCCUGCUCUGCAGGCCGGCGGGCUAUGGCGGAUUCUAGGAGCUCAGCCACGGUAAAAUAUAAAAAUAAAAUUUUGUUUGUAUUUACAGGGUGCUAAGUCGUAAACUGUUCAAAGGAGAGCUGGAAAAGAAAUGGCCGAAACCUGAGCAACCAAAUGACUGGGACAUGUGGAUGAGAAUGGAAGGGAAUAAGAAGGGAAGAGAAUGUAUCAUACCCGACAUCUCACGUACAUAUCACUUUGGUGCCAAGGGGCUUAAUGUUGGAAGUUUUAUGCAACAAAUUUACUUCAAGAAACAUUCUCUCAAUAAAGAACGGAAUGUCAAGCUAGAUGUGAAUAAGAUGUACAAGGACAAUUACGAAAAAGAAAUGCUUCGUUUGAUAAGGUACAGAAAUGCUUCGUUUGAUAAGGUUCCUUGUGUUUAAGACCCCCCCCCCACCCAAACAAAAGAAAAAUCCUAAAACGUGCUACUAAGUGACUGACCCCUAAUACCGUACGAUCCAUUUCAGAAGGCUGUACUGCGUUAUUUUCCGAUAAGUCUUUGCAAUUUAUAAUUUGGCAUUACUGUAAAGCAGGAUCAUAUCUCACUGUGAAACUCACAAAACCGUGAACACCAGAAAUAUUUAUGAAAUGUUAUUGUGUUGCGGAAAUUAGCCAAUAAGGCGCGAGAUAACUAAACCGCAAACAGCAACGGUAAUUAGUUUGUGGUUUUGAGGUUUGCUUGCGUAUCCUGAACUUUAUUGCAAUUGGCCAGUACACAAUCAACAUUCCUGAAAUUUUUCAGGUGUUCACGGUUUUCUGAGUUUGAGAGUAAGAGGGUAAAAAGAAAGAAGAGGUACUGUGACUAAGGCUGCGUGCAAACAGACGCAACAACUCCCAACAUUGUUGCGCCAACAAUGGGACCCCUGUGGCAGUGGUGACGAAAUAGAAUUGGUACCAAAACAGCCCCAUUUCAUUGAGGCUGAAUUAGCCCCUUAAACAGUAUCAUAGACUGGACUCGGGUUUCGGCCCCAAAAAGCUCUUUUCAUUUUACACUGUGAAACUCCAAGUGCUUAUCCUGUACUGGGUUGCCUAUGGUAAAUCCGCAACCCAAGGACAGUUACGUGAGUGAAAGGGGCGAAGGAGUUAAUCGAACAAGGUUUACUAUCCCUGGAAAUGCAGUAUUUAGUUAAAGAGACCAUCAUUUACGUCCUUGUCGUUGUUUUUUAGAGAGGCCAAAUUGCUGAAUCAUGCCAAGAACCCCUGCUCACACCUCAAGGAUUUUGUACCGGACACAGAAGGGAAGACAUACUUGUUUUACCUACGAAUGGACACUAAAACAGAUUUUACCACAUGGUCCAACGUGGCGCGAUGCUUUAGCAUGUGGGAUCUUGACGCGAGAGGUUUUCAUAAAAGCACAUGGAGAUUUUGGAUCAAGAAAAAUCACAUUGUAGCUGUCGGUUGUCCGGCAUCUGAGUAUUGCAAAAACAAACCGCAAGAGUUAGAACCAAUUUAUUUACCCAACAAAGAAACCAGACCAAAGGAUCCUAUUUAAGCUUACUAGCUCGUGUAUUAAUCAACAUUGGUUACUGAAAGGGCUCUCUUGGAUAAUGACCAAAACAGAACUCAGUAUGUAAUGGCUGCUUUAAUGCCCAGUGCAAGACGAAAAUUGAAGCUAGCUCGCGUCUAUAAAUUACAAUACAAGCGGCCACACUAUUUUUUUAAUUAAUUUUAUUGACAUUCAGCAACAAAAGGAUACAACGGUAAAUAAUACUUCAGCUUACGGGUUAUGACAUAUGUUCACUACAAUAAUUUACAGCGAAGCGGUCGUACCAGGUGGCUGUUUAAAAAUGGUCGUCCAAUUAAGAGGGGUUAAUCCCUGCGAUACAAACUUUAGUUUUCAUUUCUACGGGUUUCUAUCAAUGCACGACAGUUUAUAGGAUACAAAUUUUCAAAUUCUAAGAGUUGUAAAUUUUAGCGUAUUUAUAUUUUGUCUUAAGUACUAUUUAAACAAAUGGCGCUUUUCCAUUAAUUCUUUGUUGCUUUCCUCCAGUUAACGUAUUUAUGCAAGAUUGUUUUGUAAUAAACACUUAUGUUUAGUUUAUAAACAUCUACGACAAACAUUCAAGCAUAUUGCUUUUCAGAUUUCGCUCACAUGCUAACUUUCA